GAGACAGAGAGAGAGAGAGACAGAGAUAGACAGAGAGAGAAACACAGAAGACAGAGAGAUAGACCUACAUGUCUCAUGUCCCAUCCUACAUGUUCCUUUUUGACAAUCCAUUCUUCAUAAUCCACUUUAAUUUUCAUAAUUUCUCUCUCUCUCUCUCUCUCUCUCUCUCUCUCUCUCUCUCUCGCUCUCUUCAUUUUGUACAUUCUUUUCUUCCUUUUUCAUGUUAUUUACAUUUUCUUUUCGUCAGACAGCCCUGUCAGAAUAAAGCAGUGAAGCAAGGAAUGAAACAUGAGAGAGAUAUCAGGAGAAACAGGAGGAGAGAAAGAGGAGGAGAGAGAAAUAGAAAUAGAGAGAGACAGACAGGAGAAGAGAGAGAGAGAUAGAGAGAGAGAGAGAGAGAAUAAACUCCUCGUUUGCAGUAAGUUUGCAGGUUUAUUAGUGAACACUUCACUCUGCUCUCUCCUGUCCCGUGUCUCUGUAACCCGGAAGUUCAACUCUUUCCUGUAUUGAAGUUUUAUUUCUGUAUGUGGACAGUCAGCAGCGCUUUCCCUCAACACUGAACCGGAAGUGGAUUAUAUUACACAAAUUAAAGAUAAAAGAUGAGUUGAAGCAUAGAGACGGAGGGAGAGAAGAAAGAGAAGGAUGGAGAGAACAUGCGGUGGUGUGAGCAUGGGGCAGGAGAAUGCAUGGGGCAAACUGAUACGAGUCGAAUCGUCCACAGAAUCCACACUCCUGUUACUCAUUAAUAAAGAGUGUACAGUGGGCCGGAGGAAAGGAUGUGAUCUGUCGUUUCCUGCUAAUAAAUUAGUCUCAGGUGAUCACUGUAAGAUCACACAGGAUCAGGAGUCAGGACAGGUGUGGCUCGAGGACACCAGCACUAACGGGACAGUAAUAAACAUGUCCAAACUGGUGAAGAAACAGAGUUACUUACUGCAGAAUGGAGACGUGAUCUACUUCGUGUACAGGAAGAGUGAACCAGAGCAGAAUAUUGCGUAUGUGUAUCAGUCGAUUGCUCACACACACUCGGACUCUCAGGAUACUGACGAGUUGACAUGUGUGGAGCUGAUGGAGAGAAUCGACCCGGAUGUGGAUCCUGACCCGGUGGAACCCGUUACUCUCCCCUUCAUACCACAGGAGGUGAAGUUCAGAACCACCUUUGAAGAAUCUCAGCCUUCUACCUCCUACAACAUCGGGUUCAGUGAUGUGAGAUCAGCUCAGUGCUCUGUGAAGCGUACAGAGGAACACAGCGAUACAGACGAGUGUAGGCAGCCAGACAGGAAGAGACAGAAAACAGUGGGGGACCCUGGUGCUUCAGCAGCUCCUCGUGCCCGAGGGCAGGACGCAGGAGAAGGAGGGAAAACGGAUAAAAUGGAGGAUCUCACCUGUAUCAUCUGUCAGGAUCUGCUGUAUGACUGCGUCAGUCUGCAGCCCUGUAUGCACACGUUCUGUGCAGCAUGUUACUCGGGUUGGAUGGAACGUUCUUCUCUCUGUCCCACCUGCCGCUGUCCUGUAGAGAGAAUCUGCAAAAACCACAUCCUCAACAACCUGGUGGAGGCGUACCUGCUCCAACACCCCGAAAAGUGCCGCAGUGAGGAGGACGUCCGCAGCAUGGACGCUCGUAAUAAGAUCACGCAGGAUAUGCUGCAGCCCAAAGUGGAGCGCUAUUUCUCUGAUGAAGAAGGGAGUUCUGAUUAUCUGUUCGAGCUGUCUGAUAACGACAGCGACACGUCUGAUCUCAGUCAGCCCUACCUGAUGUGCAGGCAGUGUCUUGGAUAUAAAAAGGAGUUUAGCCCCGCCCCCUGGAUCUGUGGUUCCAUCAGUGAGACGUCUGGAGACGGACCUUCUACAUCAUCAGAUACCUGCACAGACCCUCAGGAGUUCACCUGUCCUCCUCAUGCCAGUCACCUGAUCUGUACCUGCUGUUUACAGCCAAUGCCUGAUCGGAGGGCGGAGCACAUUGGCACAAACUCCUCCCCUCAGCACUGUGUGGUGUGUCAGAGGCCGUUCUGUCACCUGUACUGGGGCUGCCAGCGAAUCGGGUGUCAGGGUUGCUUGGCGCGAUUCAGUGAUCUGAAUCUGACUGAUAAAUGUCUGGACGGUGUCCUCAAUAACAACCACUACGAGUCUGACAUCCUACAGAAUUAUUUGCGCUCCAGAGGAAAUACAUGGAAAGAAAUGCUGCAGGAGGCACUACAGAGCACACAGCAAGGCCUCUAUCACCUUUCAGAUUACCGUAUCAAUGGGGACUCUUUCCUGUGUUACUGCUGUGGACUUCGCUUCUUCAAAGAGCUUGCGUACAUCUACAGAGCUAACAUUCCUGCUGCUGAGCUACCAGCUGCAGUGACGGUGAGACCAGAUUGUUAUUGGGGCCGUAACUGCAGAACACAAAUUAAAGCUCAUCAUGCCAUGAAAUUUAAUCACAUAUGUGAGCAGACUCGCUUUAAGAACUGAGGCGUGUCCUGGACUGUGAUGUCACAGCGCUGGAUUUUUCUUUCCUCCAGUUUAAUAAUCAUGGUGUUUUUUUACAAUAUGCAAAUUCGAUCAGUUUUUGGGGCGAGUAGAUCAGCGUCACUUUGUAAUAAACAGAUAUGGUUUAGAUUUUAAUCUGCCCUUUCUCAUCGUGUGUGUGAUGAGAAAUCAGUUUCACAUCAGAGCAGUCAGAACCGCCCUGUCCUAUACCGCCCUGUCCCACCCUAUACCGCCCUGUCCUAUACCACCCUGUCCUAUACCGCCCUGUCCCACCCUAUACCGCCCUGUCCCACCCUAUACCGCCCUGUCCUAUACCGCCCUGUCCCACCCUAUACCGCCCUGUCCUAUACCGCCCUGUCCCACCCUAUACCGCCCUGUCCUAUACCACCCUGUCCUAUAACCGCCCUGUCCCACCCUAUACCGCCCCGUCCUUUACUGUCCGGUCCCAUCCUAUACUAUCCUGUUCUAUAUACGAUCCCGCCCUGUCCUAUACUGUUCCAUUAUACACCAUACGUCCCAUGCCCUACAGUUACUUCUCACAAUGAUGACAAUGUGUAGUCUCCCAGAAACUUUGUUUGUUUGAUAACUGCUUCUCUUCUGGAUCUGGAGCUUCCACUGGUUGCUGGUGUGCACAUUUAUAUUUAUAUUAUCAUUUUAAUACUAGUGUUAGAUAUACAUCUCUCUCUCUCACACACACACACACACACACACACACACACACACACACACACACACAAACAAUUACUAUCCGAACUCUCCGGUCUCGUCUAUGCACAACAGUCAGGUAUUUCUAACGCCUCUCUCACACACACACACACACACACACACACACACACACACACACCGCUGCACAACACUCAUCACCUCAAUUAUCUACUGCUGCUGCUGCUGCUGCUUUCACAUGUCCCUGAUCCGGAGAUAAAAUCCAAAAACGUAUUCACUCCAUAUUUACGCUUCAUUAGGAGCUAUCAGGAGUCAGGGACUAACCCCGUGUCUCUGUCUCUGUCUCUGUCUCAGACAGAUGCUUAAUUUCAUUUGUGCAUUUGUUCUCUCGUUCAUUAAGAAGCUAUUUACAACCAGAGCUUCCGCAAAUGUGCACAAUGGUGAUAUCUGAAGUAAUAUAAUAGUAUAUGACAAAUUUGAGCAAAAUAAAAUGACCACUAUAAAAAUUA